ACAAUUUAUUUUAUCUUUAUAGAUGAUUACGACGAUAAGACUUAGUACAACUAAAAGAAACAAACCCAUAAACGAUUUCUCUUUACAAAAUUGCACUUAGUUUCAACUUUUUUACUUUUCUUUGGAAAAAUAUUAUAAAAACACCAAAUCGAAAUCUAUCUAUGAACGGUGAUAUGGGAGUGAGAAAUAGAUAUAGUGUGUAUUUAGCUUCACAGCAAUUACAACAGACCCAUCGAAAAUGUCAUCAUAGACAAUCGUAUAGAAAGGAAAAAGCAGCAGCAGAGGCACCAUCAAAAGUCCCUCAAAGUGCAACAGCUAGAAGGACAACAAAAGCUAUAGAACAACAAAUCAAAAAUGUACAAUAUCUACCACCAAAACAGCAAUAUUCAAUAAACAAAAAACAGCAACGAAAACUACAACAGCAACACAACAAACUAUUAAAAAUCCAAAGUGGCCAACAAAUCCAACAAAAUCACAUAGAACUAACAACAAAACAUAAAAGGGAAAAAGCCAAAACUAAAGGAACCACAAACCGAAAUACAAUAGAAAAAGCAGCAUUACAUCAACAGCAACCACAUAAACUAAGGACGUCGGUAGAAUUUCUAAGAAAUUUGACGAAAACCAAAGUAUUUACCUUAAAACGUUUGUGGGCUUUAUUACUGCUAGCAUUAACAUGUAGUGGGUCUACAAGAAUAUAUCACUCCAAUAGGCCGGUUCGUAUGCUCUCAGUUGCAUCUAUGGCCUCGUUAGCUUUAACACAAACUUCUAUGGUCUUCGCAGCGGUGGCCUAUGAACCUCCUAUCAAAUAUCAUCACACUGAUAAUGAUGUGGAAGUAUCGGAUGGCAUGGUGGUCGAAGAUAUUGAUGUAAAUAGUAAUGAACAGCAAUUGCUGGCAUAUUAUAAGAAAGCUCAAAAGGAACAUGAACAAUUGAAGAGACAACAACAACAAGAACAACAAAUGCUACAACUGCAGCAGCAGCAACAACAACAACGUCAUCAUCAUCAAGAGCGUGAUAUAAAAAGGAAUACAGUGGUGUUGUCACAACAAAUGGAUUUCAAUGAUAUUUUGCCCACUGCAGAUGUCAUCUCUACACUAGACGCGGUGGAUGCGACGUCUAAGAAAAAAAGUACUGCCACUAAACGUAGCACUGCAAAACAUACUUCUACGACUCCAACGCCUACAUCUGGUCCAAAAUCAAUGCUGACAACUAGCAAAACUACUACCACUACUACUACCAGCGCAACUACUGCCAGCAGUGAAGAGAAAUGCGAGCCCAAGGUUUUGGAUGAAGUUCCAGCUGAACCG